UCCAAAUCUUUGGAGAGACGCUCCUUUCAUAGAGCGGCAUAAAUAAAAAAAUGGAGGAAAGCCACAGCUGGAUGGAAUUCACACUCGUCCUUCUUGCCAAUGAUGCGAGCUCAUAGUGGGCUGCGAUUGUUGGAUCCAAGGAUUGUGGCCACCACUAGACAAUUUUUUAAAGCUUCAAGGAAGUACUUUUUUUCGUUCUCUGUCCUGGAACACACCUUUCCAACAAGUUUCUUCUCGCUUUUGGGAUUGAUUCCUUGAAAGCUUUCGCCAGAUCCAACCAACAAAAGGAGGAGGGGAUGGAUUCUCCUCUGGGAGAUGCGAACACCACCUUGAUCUUGCUCGCGCUCGUGUUCUUGAGCUCCAUUGUCGCGGACGUGAGUUGUAGCAGCGAUGAUCCGUCGCUGAGCGCUUUCUUCUACGAUUAUACGUGCCCCCAGCUCCAGGACAUCGUUCGAUCGGACGUGGAGAAGGCUUUCAAGCGCGAGGCACGGAUCGCGGCGUCGCUCCUCCGCCUCCAUUUCCACGACUGCUUCAUCAAUGGAUGCGAUGCCUCGGUGCUGCUGGACGACACCAAGACCUUCAAAGGCGAGAAAUCUGCGCUGCCCAACGCGAACUCUCUCCGUGGAUUCGAACUCAUCGACGCGAUCAAGGCCAGAGUGGAGAUCCAGUGCGAAGGAGUCGUCUCCUGUGCUGAUAUCUUGACGCUCGCUGCUCGAGACUCAGUCGCACUGACCGGAGGACCAUCGUGGGAAGUGCUGCUCGGGCGGAGGGACAGCCUCACUGCCAACAGAACCGCGGCCAACGUUCUCAUCCCACCCCCUAUAGCCGACGUUCCAAAGCUCGUCUCAAUGUUCGCCACAAUGGGGCUCACCGAGGUAGACAUGGUAACACUUUCAGGCGCCCACAGCAUCGGCCAGGCGCGAUGCUCCACCUUCCGCCAGCGAUUAUUCGACGAUCGCGGCAGCGGCAGCCCCGAUCCGACCAUGCAGAAGCAGUUCCUGGGCUCGCUGCAAGAGAUUUGCCCCCGGCAGGGCAACGGCAACGCGGUGGCGCCGCUGGAUUUCGUGACGCCCAUGCGAUUUGACAACAAUUACUACCUCAAUCUCCAGUAUGGCAAGGGGAUCUUCGCGUCGGACCAGGUGCUCUUCAGCGGGCGCGGGAUCACGGAGAACUACGUGCGCUACUACAGCUACGAUCAAGACGCAUUCUUCCAGAGCUUCGUGCGAUCCAUGAUAAAAAUGGGCAACAUCACGCCGCUCACAGGGAAGAGAGGCCAGAUUCGAAAGAACUGCCGAAGACCUAAUUAGGGCAAAUCGACGAUUCCAACUGACCUAAGGGCUUAGGGCAAAACAUAAAUUAAAAAAAAGCAAUCUAUGCAC